AUGGCGAUGGCCGCGCGGCCGCAGACGCCCGUGCAGGAUGCAUAUUCGUUCUCGCAGCACCGUGAACCGUCGCUGUUGAGUCGCGGGUAUGGCACCGUCCGUUCCUCCUCUCGCCCCAGCUCCUACGCCGGUGGGAGCUCCGCUUUGCACGGCUAUGGUGCUCUCGGCGGUCUGGAACCCGCGCAGAUCCCCCAGAACCCGAAGUUCAAAGAAGAUUUCGACGCGGCCAGCCGCCGCAGCUCCAUUCUGGCGGAGGGACCUUCUGCGCCGGGCCUGCAACGAUCAGCUUCAACUGGCUCUCCUGCUCGCUCCGCCGGCCCACAAUUGAAGACCACCACCCUGAAGAAAAAGCCUUCCUUGGGUAAGCGAGGGAGCUUGCGCCGCAGUGGGAGCCGGCGAUCUGUUCGCGCCGGCAGUGUGAAAAGUCUCAGCCUUGGCGACCGCGAAAAGUAUAACGAUGAGGAUGUGAAUAGUGCUUUUGUCGUUCCAAUUCCUACUACGGGCAAUCCAACCGAGGUGCUAGCGAAUCGCUUCCAAGCUUGGCGCAAGGUCCUCAAGGACCUGAUUGUCUUCUUCAAGGAGGUCCAGAAAUCUUACGAAACGCGAUCGAAGCUUUUCCUCUCCGCCAACAAUGCUAUUAACAACCAAUCGCUUCCUGCCGGAUUCUUGGAAUCAGGAGGCUUGGCGGACGCAACAGAGAUUCUACGCGAUUUCCAGCGUCAAGGAUACAACGAAGCAAACAAGGCAGUGGAGGUGGAGAUCGAAGUGAUCAGUCAGUUGACUGGACUGCGGAGCGACCUGCAGAAGAAGACCAAGGAGAUCAAGAACCUUUCAAGCGAUUUCAAGAACACUGUUGACAAGGAAAUUGAUGGCACGCGCAAGGCAGUCCGCAACCUGCACGAGUCAUUGGGUGUUGUUGAUACCGAUCCAUCUGCAACAUCCGGGAAGGGUGACCCCUUCUUAAUGCGCCUGAAUGUCGAGCGUCAAAUCGAGAAGCAGAUCGAGGAGGAGAACUAUCUACACCGAGCAUAUCUGAAUUUGGAGAACUCUGGCCGAGAGCUGGAGUCAAUUGUUGUCAGCGAGAUCCAGAAAGCUUAUAACGCCUACGCUAGUAUCCUCAAGCGCGAAGCAGACGAGGCUUACGAUACUGUUGAGAAGCUGCGGGUGGGCCCAAUCUCCAUGCCCCAGGACCACGAGUGGAAUGCCUUCGUCGCGAACACUGACGACCUGGUCGACCCCAAGAUCCCCUUGCGGAACGUCGAAAAUAUCACUUACUCUGGCAAAGAUCACCCUGCCGCGGCAGAGGUACGUGCUGGCAUGCUCGAGCGCAAGAGCAAAUACCUGAAGAGUUAUACACCUGGCUGGUACGUUUUGUCACCCACCCAUCUGCAUGAGUUCAAGUCGGCAGAUCGGAUCGAGUGGCAGACUCCGGUCAUGUCACUAUACCUCCCCGAGCAGAAGCUUGGGUCGCAUUCCAACCAAGAUUCGAGCUCCCACAAGUUCAUGCUCAAGGGUCGCCAAACUGGUGCGAUGCAUCGAGGUCAUUCCUGGGUUUUCCGGGCGGAAUCUCACGAGACAAUGAUGGCGUGGUAUGAUGAUAUCGAAAGUCUCAUCAGCAAGACCGGCGAGGCUCGCGAUGCUUUUGUUCGAAGCACCUCUCUCAGACGGCAUGGACGGACAGUCAGCGGCAUGUCUGCAAACGCUGAGCUGGAAGACGACGAGGCAGAUGAAACCCCUUACUCUGCCGGGUCAGUGAUCAUGGCCCCCGGCUCAUCGCAAGGACCAGGACCAGAGCGACCGAUGUCCGCCACUCGUCAGCCUGGCGGAGUUUUCCCUAGCGACGUCCAGAUCGACCGGAACAACCAGGUUCCGCUAUCUCCUUCCAGUGGAGCAAGCUCGUCAGGAAACGCCGUUGUUGCGGCUGCCCCGGCCUUGCCGGAUGGUGAUGCGAGACCUUCCCGGUUCUAUACCGGCCAUAACCCCGAGACCGGGUUGGCCCGGGUUCCCAGUGCAAGCCCCGCGGACACCUCGCGGUCUCGCAUGAGUCGUCACGACAGCUACUAUGGCCAAUGGAUGGGACCCACUGCCGUUGGCGCAAAGCAGGAGGCAGCCCACGCCGAAUCUGCCCCGAACGAGCAAGAUAUCAACGCAAACACCGGUCGUGCUCCGGAAGCUGGCCCUGAUACUCUCGUAGCUGGUCGUCCUGACACUUCUGGAUCUCCUCCGGUGGCUCGUCGUGAGAGCGUUUCUACCGCUCCGACCAACACCAAUGUCACCGAUUAUACCAACAAUACCAAGGCCACCUCGCUCGAUGAAGCAGCCUCACCUGGUGAUGCAGGGCCUGUGCGAUCAGAACUCCCCGAGGAUGGAUUUGCUGGUAAGGGAGCUAGCGGUCCCACGACAAGACCUGACAUGAGAUCAAACAGGCAUGAGAGUGCUGCCACGAUCGAUGUGCACCUCCCGGGCGAGUUUCCUCCCAGCACCGUAGCGGUUUAA